UAUAAAAAGAAGCGAAAAAAAGCGAAACACCAAUUCAAAAUCGACAAUGAACAACAAUCAACUAACUUCGAUUUUGUUGUGUAUCCUCGUUGGGAGCACUUUGGGGCAUGAGUAUCAACGUGCUAAAUAUCUAGCACCGAAAUCGAGAUUAUCCUUGUUUAAAGAACGAUCAUCUGAAACCAAACAAUGUCAUUUACAAUGCACACAAGAAAAACCGACCGGACCGUUGCAAUUAUUCGUUAACCAAACCACAAAUCUAAUAGCGAUCGUUAACACAACGGCGAACGUAGCAUUGAUCAUCGAUAUAAACGCCAAUAUAACAGCAAUACUUAACGGUACAAGCGGUGGUGGCGUUAUCAUAGAUAUCGCAACGCAAACGGGGCGUUACAUCAAAUCGAGCACAAAUAUUAAUCUAUGGUUGAAUUCACGGGAUUCGUUCCAAAUCUAUUUCUCGAAACUAGAAUCUCUAAAAGUAUUAUUGAAUUUAAAUAUCGGUGUUAAAUUUGACGUUAAAUCAUCUUCUAAGGAAACAUACGAAUUUACUGGAAAUCUUUUAGUUAAAUUAGUUGAUAAUAUUGAUAUACAAAGUGAUAUUACAGUUGGUUUAUCACUGUUUAUCUCUAUAUCAUCGAACUUUAUUGUUUUGUUAAAAGGAAAUCUUAAUGGGAUUCUCAAGUUGAUCGGUGCAGCCGCAAUACACCUACAAGGUGAUGUAUUGAGAUUACAAAACUUCCUAAGUGGUAUAGGCGUUAUUUUCGGACAAAUUCAAGGAGGUUUGUUCGCAAUAAUCGAAGCAAACAUCUCCAUCAAUUUCUCUGAAUUACUAUCUUCUAGUAACGGUAUUGAAGUACUGACUCGUUUGGUACUCUACUUAGGUGCUAAAUUCGAUUUAUCUGCUCUGGGUAAUUAUUUGAACAGCGUCGAACAGCUGUUAAAUGUCAUAGUACAAUUAGGAGGUGGAAUUAGCGUCGGAGUAACCGGCGCUCUUAAAGUUAUUUCUCAAAUAGUCGGCGUUCUACAAGGAUCAAUCAAUAUUGAAGUUUUAAUACAAACUCUAAUCGAAUUUUCCGCCAAUAAACACGACGAUAUCGAAAUCAAAGUCUAUUGGGAUACUUUAAUCGAAGCUAUACGCGUCACUAACUGCCAAAACGCCCUAUCGGUAACUAUCGAUAUUAUAACGCAAAUACAAAAUAAUAAUUUAAUCGUUUUGGGUAUAAACGUCUCAGAAAUACUACAAGUUUUGGUUACGGGGUCUCAAAAAGCUUUGGAAUUAGUUGUUAAAGUUCUUAUUCGAAUUGGAGGUGCGGUAAAUAUUUCUCUAUCUAUUUCCAUUCUUCUUUUCGCACUUAUCCGAUUAGUGACGACUGUGUACGGUGUCGUUCUUCUCAGAGGACUCGGUAUAACGAUUAAAGUCACUGGAAAUAUAGUGAGUUAUAUACUGAAGAACAUCAAUAUUGGUAACAUCAUCGGUUUGCUUACGAAAUUCGAUGUCGUAUCUCUACUUAAAUCCAUUCCUAUACUGAGCGAUAUUUUUGCCGCACUUUCAUCGGCUGUUCAAGUUAGUAGCGGUGGAGAGUUGCAGAUUAGCGUGUUGUUGAAAUCUGAACAAUCCACGAGUGUCACCGCUGGAAUUGGGGUUUUCAUUAAGGGUUUGUUGAAUAUUAACGGUGCUACUACGCCUAAACCGACGCCCGUUACCCUUCCAGCUGUUGACGGCAAUGGAAACGGUUACGGAACAAUAAAUGGUAAUGGAUCUAUUGGUGGAUCAGUUAAUUUUGGAGGCAAUGGUUUAUUCCCUUGGUUAAAUAGCUGGAGUUGGGGUGGAAACAAAGAUACUCUAGGUAACGGAAAUUCUAGCAGCGGUACUGGAACUGGUACUGGUAGUGGAAGUGGAAGCGGUACUGGUAGUGGAAGUGGAAGCGGUACUGGUAGUGGAAGUAUCGGUGGAAACGGAGGCGGAAAUGGCUCGUUUACAUUUGGUCUAGGAGGUGAUGAUGGCGCGUCUUCAGGAAAUUCCGGAUCAUUUGGAUUGGGACUGGGAGGAAGUGGUAGCAAUGGCGGAAAUGGAAGUUCAGGAAGCAGCGGAGAAACUGGCUGGAACUUUGGUGGCAACUCAAAUGGAAACUUAGGCGGCAGUGGCAGCGGUACUGGUAGUGGAAGUGGAAGUGGAAGCGGUACUGGUAGUGGAAGUGGAAGCGGUACUGGUAGUGGAAGUGGAAGCGGUACUGGUAGUGGAAGUAUCGGUGGAAACGGAGGCGGGGAUGGCUCGCUUACAUUUGGUCUAGGAGGAGAUGGUGGCGCGUCUUCAGGAAGUUCCGGAUCAUUUGGAUUGGGACUGGGAGGUGGAAAUGGCGGAAAUGAAAAUUCAGGAAACAGCGGUGAAACUGGCUGGAACUUUGGAGGGAACUCAGAUGGAAACUUAGGCAGUGGUUUGAGUGGAAGUUUUGGCAGUAACGGUCAUGGUAGUGAUGGAGGAAGUAACGAUGGUAGCUCAAGUGGAAAUGCCGAUGGGAGUGGAGGCUUGGACAUAAGCUUAGACGGAAGUGGUAAUGGAAGCGGCAGUGGAAGUGGAAGCGGAAGUGGCAGCGGAAGUGGUAGCGGAAGCGGUAGCGGAAGUGGUAGCGGAAGCGGUAGCGGUAGCGGAAGCGGUAGCGGAAGCGGUAGCGGAAGCGGUAGCGGAAGCGGUAGCGGAAGCGGUAGCGGAAGUGGAAGUGGUAGUGGAAGCGGCAGUGGUAGCGGAAGUGGAGGCUUAAGUUUAGGUGGAAGCGGAAGUAUAGGAAGCGGACAUUUUGCGCUAAGAGGUAAAAACAAACAUGUAAAAAUUAAUAUUUGUUCCCGGAGUGUAUAUUCGGGUAUAAAUGAUCAAAAAGUCUUUUUAAAAAAGAAGAAUGAUAAUCUUAGAUUAAAGAUGAGUAUUUUCAUUACAUAUUAAUUUUUAUUUGUUCAUUUUCAGACAACAAGAAUAAAGGACACGCUCGAAAUCACCACGAACACUCUCGAACCCACCACGAACACUCUCGAGCCCACCACGGACACGCUAACAACCAAUAAAAUAAUGAAAUAUAUAGUCUUCCAUUUAUAGAUACUGUAAAUAAAUAAUACGCAUCGUUA